GGGCUUUUCCGUCAAUUGAUUGGGACAAACACAACUUAGGGUUUUGCUAUAAACCCAAAAAGAGAUCUCCCAACCUCUCUUCUUUCUCAACAGCGCUCUAACUUGCAGGUUUUCUGUCUUCACCUCUGGUGUUUUGAGCUUUUUAAACUUGGAGGCUGUUGAUAUAAUCUGCCAAAAUGCAAAACGACGAGGGAGUUAGCAUGGACCUUUACAUUCCCAGGAAGUGUUCUGCCACAAACUGGCUGAUCACUUCGAAGGAUCACGCAUCUGUCCAGAUUAAUAUCGGGCACUUGGAUGAGGGUGGCCGUUACGCUGGUCAAUUCUCCACUUUUGCUCUCUGUGGAUUCAUCCGUGCCCAGGGAGAUGCUGACAGUUCUGUUGAUAGGCUCUGGCAGAAGAAGAGAGUUGAAGCCCGGCAAUAGGUUCAUUUGCACUGCUGAUCGGUUUCUCUUUAAGCAAUUUACCAUUGGUGAUGAAGAUCCUCAUGAGAGUGACUUCUUUAUCUCUAUGGACUCUUUUGAACUUAUUAGAAGCAUGAAUUAGAGUUAUUCAGUUUUGAUGAAGCUUUUUUAUCAUGUAUGGAUUGAAUUUUUUACUCCUAUUGAUUGAAGUAUUGAGCCUCUA